CUCGUCUUGGUAACGGCACAUCUGGUGGACCCGAUGCGUAAUCCAGUUUCUGCCGAGUAGGAAAUAUGGCAUCGCCAUUACUGAAACCAUGUAGGCCGACUAAGACCCCUUUCUUGUCGACUGCGUCGCGUCGACCGCUCGUCGUCCGCGCGCUGGCCGAUGGUUCGAGCCUACUUCAAGCGGGCGCAGCAGUAGCCCUGGCCGCUUCUGGCGGUGUUGCGGCCUGGAAGUUUGCAACCUACGGGCAGCUGGAGUACAUUACAGCGGCAAUGCUCACGAAUCACGUCCCAAAAGGAGAUCCUGGACCCCGGGUCAUCCAAAUACAGGGCGGAUCACGGGAGCUGUACUACUACCCCAAGAGCACGGUGCAGGUCACGGUGGUGGGCGAGCAGCUCAACAAGGGCUUGUUGGAGCAGGCGGGACUGCAGGCCGCCGUCCCCACGCUGGCGCGGCCGCAGUCGCCCGCCAACCUGGGCUUCGCUGCGGACUGCAGUGUGGAUGCGGUGGUGGCGCUGCCGGGCGGGCUGGCGGGGCUGAGCGGCGCGCAGCGGGCGGCCUUCACGGGGGAGGCGCUGCGGGUGCUGAAGCCGGGCUGCCCGCUGGUGUUUGUGGAGCGGAUUCCCGGCGGCCUGCCCAUCCGCUUCCUGGGCACAUCCGGCAAGACACUAGAGGAGUCCUUUCUGCAAGGCCUGAAGCAACGCACUGAGGCAUUUGAGCUGGUGCAGUGGGACGUGGCGUUGGAGGGGCAGGACCCGCAUGCAUUAGGGGUGGCGAUUAAGGCAGCAAACUACCGGGUGCCUGUACAGGCAAGCAGCAAGCGGGCGGAGAAGGCAGCGGAGAAGGCCGAGCGCGAGCGAACGGAGCGGGAGGCGCGUAGGGAGAAGGCGCGACUGCCGAAGA